AUGGCUACUGACGGGUUCACGUACUCUGAUAGUCUUGCAGAGACGGAGAUAUGUUUGCUGCUGAUUGAAGCAACGGCCGAUGAGACAGCGCCAAUAUGCUGCCCGCUGAUCAAGACCAACAUCCAUAAGCCACGCCCAUACGAAGCCCUAUCUUACAUCUGGAGUGACCGUGAGGAUGGACAGGUGCUCUUCGACCUCGGCAUCGUCUGCGAUGGCCGAGAAAUCCGAGUUACGAAGAGCGCGCAUAAUGCUAUGACAGCUUUUAGACUGCCAGACCGAGAUCGUGCCCUGUGGAUCGAUGCAAUAUGUAUCAAUCAGCAAGACGACGUGGAGCGGACACAGCAGGUCUCAAUCAUGGCUCAAAUCUACAGUGCGGCAGCAGGCGUUCUGAUCUGGCUAGGACCUGAUUCGGAAGCUAAGGAUGCCUUUCAUGCAAUGUGUUGCUUGCAAGGUGCUGGAUCUGCCAAUCACUGGCUACAUCCUCCCUAUGGUGUUCGACAUGGCCGUGAGCCUAAAGGGUUCCACCAGCACAUGCGCUGGUGCUGGCUUUUUGGGAGAUGGGAGAUGACGGCUGACCUUUCCAGCAGUGAGCAGGAGCUCUCGGAAAAGUUACGAGAUUUUAAAGAUUAUCCCGGCGGCCGCUGGGCUCGUGUUCGAGACCCGCUUGUGACGUUCUAUCACGAUAACUUGAUCAACGGCUACUUUGGUAUUGUGCGUUCUACCCAGAAUUUUUUGGGACGAGGGCGGCUCUUGGGUCUGCAUUCCUGCCUGUUAGAACCACCUUCCACAUACUACGCACAUGCUCUCGCGCUUCUAGAGUCCGAUGAGUGGUACAAUCUGGAUCCUCUGGUGGCGAAUUAUGGUCAUCAGCUGCCCGAGUAUCGUCAACUUCUUCAACACAUACUCGACUUUUUGCAACUCCGCUGGUUCAGCCGUCGUUGGAUACUACAAGGAGCGAUGCUCGGACGAAAUGUCACGGUACGAUGUGGUACCAAUGAGAUCAACGCCCGCACUCUUGAGCGUGCGCUCGACGCCAUUUGCGAUGCUCUUGAGUAUCAUAGUAUGCUAUCUCAUCUGGAGUGGCAGUGGCCCUUUCAUCGGGCGAUCCAGGUCAUGCUGCCAAAACCACUGCAGAUGAGAGGCCAAGAAUGA